GCCUGGGCUGUCAUCUUGAGCGCAUCAUUUGGUCGACUGACGGUAACUGGACACCUUCGAAUCCUAGAACCACGAGCCCCUUUUGAAAGCUGUCGCAUAACUUUUCCGAAGAGGUGGAAGUGCUCUGCGCAGCCUUUAUUCCAACAUGGCUUCCCAUACUCCGGCCGUUGUCAUGGACAACGGUACCGGUUUCUCCAAGCUCGGCUUCGCAGGCAACGAUUCCCCCUCCUUUGUCUUUCCAACAGCGAUUGCAACAAAAGGUCCAGCUGGUAGUGCCGGUGGUGGCUCUGGAUCGGGGCGCCCUGCUGUAGCCAACAAGCCCUCGUAUCUCACAGGGGGAGCUGGACAGGGUGGGCACCUCAACAUGAAGCGCGGCACCGAGGAUUUGGACUUCUUCAUCGGUGAUGAAGCUCUUGCCGCAGCCAAUGGACCAGGGUAUAAUAUUAACUAUCCUAUCCGCCAUGGUCAGAUUGAAAACUGGGAUUACAUGGAAAGGUUUUGGUCGAACUCAAUCUUCAAGUACCUUCGAGUCGAGCCAGAAGAUCAUUACUUUCUGUUGACAGAGCCCCCUCUCAAUCCUCCCGAGAAUCGCGAGAACACCGCCGAGAUCAUGUUCGAGUCUUUCAAUUGUGCUGGGUUGUAUAUCGCGGUACAGGCAGUUUUAGCUCUGGCAGCUUCGUGGACGUCCUCCAAGGUCUCGGACCGUUCUCUGACAGGGACAGUCAUUGAUUCUGGAGAUGGCGUUACCCACGUUAUUCCAGUUGCUGAAGGUUACGUUAUUGGAUCCUCGAUCAAGUCCAUCCCAAUCGCAGGCCGAGACAUCACGUAUUUCGUCCAGUCCCUGCUACGAGACAGAGGCGAGCCCGAUUCCUCCCUCAAAACAGCCGGUGAGAUCAAGGAAGAAUACUGCUAUGUGUGCCCAGAUAUUGUGAAGGAAUUCUCUCGUUUUGAUCGAGAUCCCACACGUUUUGCGAAGCAUCAAGUUACCCAGCCAGGAGGUCGCAAAGUGACAGUCGAUGUCGGUUAUGAACGUUUUCUUGCGCCAGAAAUCUUCUUCAACCCCGAAAUCUACUCCUCGGAUUUUUUGACCCCUCUACCCACAGUUGUUGAUAGUGUCAUCCAAUCCUCGCCAAUCGAUGUGCGCCGAGGGUUAUACAAGAACAUUGUUCUGUCAGGUGGAAGCACAUUAUACAAGGACUUCGGAAGGAGGCUACAACGUGACAUCAAGCAUCUCGUUGAUGACAGAAUCAGAGCGAGCGAGGCGCGUAGUGGAGGUGCACGAAGUGGUGGUUUGGAAGUGCAAGUCAUCUCUCACAAGCGACAACGGCAUGGCCCGUGGUUCGGUGGAAGUUUGUUGGGCCAAACCCCCGAAUUCAGAAGCUACUGUCACACAAAAGCCGAAUACGAAGAGAUAGGGCCAUCCAUUGUUCGCAGAUUCGCGUUACUAGGCGGCCCCGGUGGAUCAUAGAACUCAAAAAAUGAAAGGAAGUGAGGUUUACUAGUGGACAAGGUCAAGUGAAUGGCGAUACGAACCGUAAACGAAAGUGAUAGAUCUGAGAGAAGCAAAAAGCUGCAUGAAUAUAAGAGCAUUCAAUCGUCUC